AACAACUUCCGGUAAGGAUACACGCUUUCUUAGGAUCGGUCGGUGGAUGAAGGGAGACUUUGGCCAACAAUAUGAACAAUUCCACCCUCAAAGACUUGAAGAACGGUGAAGAUGCUCUAACGACUGCUGUUGGUGAUGUGACAGCUGACCUGAUCGAUGAAGUAACAUUGGGAGUGUGUUUUGAAGUGCACCGGUCAGCAAAAAUUGGAACCUUAUUUUUAGGGGAUACAGAUCCAUGGUCUCAUAAAGAACAUGAAAUUGUCUACAAAUCUGGGGUUGAUGUAUUUGGUCAAGUGCCGACAAAAAAACAGUUUGAAUGCACAUGUCCUAACUGCCAGCGACACCUAGCAGCGUCACGAUUUGCUCCACACUUAGAAAAAUGUAUGGGUAUGGGCAGAAAUAGUUCCAGAAUAGCAAGUAAAAGAAUUGCUACGACAACAUUGAAACGGGACAGUGAUGAGAGUCUGGAUGAUGACAAUGACAAUGACUGGACCUACCCAGAUAAGAAAAGAAAGAAAAACAAGAAAGAGAAAAGUUCCACAAAUAAUGGUCCAACAAGAAAAGCAAAAACCAAUAAAACGAAAAAUGGUGAAGCUUCUCCAGAUAGUGUCACAAAUUAUGAAAAUAUGUCCCUUGAUGAAAGACGGAAUUUGUUAACAUCUUGCUGUGGGGUGAUAUCUGAACACACCAAGAAAAUGUGCACCCGAAGCUUUCGUUGCCCUCAGCACAACGAUGAACAAAGAUGCUCAGUUCGACAGUUUCUUUUAAACGACGACCACACAGCUGAUCACGAUCAUCCAGAUGCAGAUGAUGUCCAGGUUGACAUAGAUGGCUAUGAAGAUGGUGACGGACAAUCUUUAAGGGACACUUUACAUUGGGAGGCAACGUGCAGCACCUCUCCUGUGGAUUCAACAUCUUCAAGUAAUGGUUCUCGGAAGCGUGGUCCAGCCAAACCAUUGAAACCACCAGUGACAAAGAAGAAAAAAAUUGUCAAACAAACAGCGGCAACAGCAGCAGCAACAGCAGCAUCAGCAUCGUCAUCAUCGUCAGCAGCAGCAUCAAGCCAAAGUAGUAGCCAUCCAUCAAACAAUCCCGUCAACACCAGUUUAUAUGACUUUGUAUGAUCCACAGAACCAAUGUCUGUUUUAAAAAUCGCUUUUUCUCUAAAUGGUUACCAGUGUAUCAGUAUCCCGUUCUACAUCGAUUCCUGAAAGUUGGUCAGGAUUCCCCCCACCUCCUCCCACACUUCUAAUUACUUGACCGGUUGAUAAAAGAGCUCUGCCCAUCUUUGUCCACCACCCCACUCCACCUGGUGCUGAUGUCAUUGUACUUACAACCGUUUCUUUCACCACAGAAACACAUCUGCUAUGGCCCAGCAGUUUGUUUGGUUUCAUUUUUUUUUUCUUCCAUUAUUUGUCAAUAUAACUAAGGGUGUCACCAUUGCAGAAGACUAGCUCCGAAGUCUUGUGUGUGUGUUUUUUUUUUUUGUUUGUUUUUUUCUUGAAGCUCCUCCUUGACAUUCUUCAAACAGUGAAGCAUUCCUCAACAUUAAGAAUCGAUAAAAGAAAACAACCCUUUCCCAUCCCCAAAACGAUUUGAGACUUCCUUCACCCUUCACUUAUGUUUCCAACAUGUGAGAUCCCUUUAUCAUUUACACAUGAUUUUUGUAUUUUUUUUUUUUUAAUUCUUUUUAUUGGGCACUGAAAGGAUUUGGGUUCUUGUGCCGGUUUAUUUUAGUCGAGUGUGAAAGAGGAGGAAUAAACAUUCAGAAUUCUUAGAAUUACAACAAAAAAAAAACAAAACAAAAAGAUGUUGGAAUUUAUUAAUUCUAAUUCUAUAAUUCUCCCUACUACCCCAUCCCCCUAGCCAACCCCUCCACCUGAGACUAUUUAGAACAAUUUCCAAUAACCUUCAUCUUCAUCAAUAAGCAUUUUGUGAGGUAGACUAGUUCUGGGUUCUGUGGAAUUGUUUUUUUUUU